AUGGAUUCUCAGCGCUCUGCACCUCAGAAGAAAUUGUCCGCGAUUUACCAAACCAAAGAUGAUCGAGGUACAUUGUCUACUCCGACAACCGGGAAAGGCAAGUCCAAGGCCAAAGACAAGAGCCAACAGCCCGAGGAUAUUGACCCUCAUGCUGGUGCCGACUCGUCAUCUCCGCAACUCCAGGGAAUACUGGCGACGCACGCGAGAUUGUCAAGUAUAAGUAUGAAUGACAAAUCGGAGCCGCGGAUCUCAGCUUCGACGUUGAAUCCGACUGUAGCGCCGACUGCACUAUGCUCUUCGAUGAUUUCGCAGCCCAGUGCGGCAUUACCACUGAUGAGCCAACAAUACUUCCAAUUUGAACCACAAAUUCAGGAGCUUCAUGCACCAGCGCCGCAGAAUUAUGCUAUAUAUGGUCUUGCGGGGUAUCCGUUCGUCUUCCCUCCUUCUUUGCAAGGGUCGAGCGCAUCGAAUGUCAUUCCUUUCAUGUCGUCCGCAUCGCAGGUGCAGUCCUCCGGCCUGGUUACGCAAUCCGAUAUAGCUCCAUGCAGCAGUAUGAUCGGUGGUUACUCCACCAUCAGCCAACCUUCGUCAAUUCUGGACUCGUUUGUUCCGAACCAUGCAGCGCAGGGAUAUCAUCAAGUCGGCGGUCAAAUGGCAGCCUUCUAUCAGCCACUCUUUUCAAUGGGCUCUUUCCUGGAAUCCUCACUGCGCAAAUCUUUGAGUCAGAUCUCGAUCGAUUAUGCAGCCCUGUCAACUCAGCUUACGAGUCUCGAUAGAUACAUGGCUAUGCAUACUUGGGAUAUGGAUCCCUGUGCAAAAAAGUCCUUGGUUGAACAGCGAAAGAGCUUGGUGCGAGAGUUAGAUGUGGUGCGGUCGUACAAAGAACAAUUGGAAGCAACCCUUGGGGUCUCAAACGAGCCUGGGAAUCAGAAGGAAAAGGGGCUUGGUGUCGCAACCCAACCGAACAAUUGUUUGUCUCAGAGCGUGAAGGCCAAUCAAUUCCAUCUGGAAAUGCCCCCUUCUGCUUCACAAUAUACGAUACCUGGAUUUUCUAUGCUAUCACCGGUCAGUGCGGUGCCAUCAGUUCUCCCGGUCGAUCAGCCUGUGGACCCGUAUCUUCAGUGGCAGGCCGGUGAGAAUGUCCGAAGUCUGGGCAAUUAUUCUGAAUUUCAAAAUUUAUCCUCAGGAUGGACUGCUUCGAUGGCGUCUAGGCUAUCUCAACGAGAUCGGAAAUCUAACUCGGGAUCGGAGUUGGCCAGAGGCAAUACACCAGCUAGAGAUCUCGUUGGCGGUAGGGCGAGAGAAGAUAAAUUAGGCGUCAAUGACGGCUACACGGCCUUUACGAAACCGUCAUCCUCUGGACUUUGUGGUACAGAGCGUAUAACUGGAGAUGCCACACGAAAGGUUGAUGCCAUCAACGAACUUAUUCAAGAACCGUCACGAGUCUCAAUGCAGUCGACGUUGCUGGACAGCCAUAGUUACAGUUUGAAAAAAGUAGAAGUCCAGUCCUACCUUCAUAAGAAAUCGUCCACAGAGUUGAUCAAGGGCGCCGGGACUUAUAGGCCAGUUGUACCACCGGUCAGAAGACUUUGGGCAUCUGAAAUGCCAAUCCAACGAGCACCUAUUCGGCGUGAUGAGAUGUCUUUCAAGACCGAUGACGAUGCUGAUAGCAAGUCAUCGUCGUCCUAUACAUCGACCACGGAUUCAUGGGCUACUGGUCGUAGCGAGGAUCGACGCUCUCCCAACCUCGCUGCCGCAAUAAACAAGAUGCACAUUGCACAACUUUCGAAUUCUAGUGCGUCACAUUCAAAAAGUUCACAGUCGCAUAGCACAAGCGCAUAUGGACCCCGCCCUUCUACUUCAGCGACUAAUAUGACUGAUUUGAGUGAAGAAACGAGCUCUGUCAACGCAAAGCAGGCGAACCCCCAACUACUCACGCAGUACUUGAACAAGGAUCACGGCCUGCUUGUUCAGAAAACUACGGCAUUGGCAGUGUCUCAAAAUGUGAAUGCCCAUGCGUUCCUCGCUGGUGUCGAAGGCAUGCUGAACAGACCGUAUCUGAGCGAUAUCAAUCAUGGUGACGACAAGAUGCAGGCCCUGGCCCAGCACGCAAAGCUGGGAAAAUUUGACAAGCAUAUGUGA